AUGGCAACGGCGUUGUCAGUGGCCCACUCCGUGGCUGCUGUAUCAUCUGUAGUAACCUAUUCCAAGACAACAGACUGCAGACGAAUCAAAAGACAUUGUUCCACAGUCGUCCCGGCUCCUGCAGUUAUCAACUCGAGCGGCAACGCUCAACCGACCAAACGUUUCCUCUAUUCGUCGUCUUCCUUCCUCUCCAACUCCUCAGCCGAACAUAAGUCCAGCCCGAGUCUAUUGCUGCUUCAAUCACAACGACGACAGCCAGUCGACAUUGCACAUCCAACCACCAGAGUUCCCCACAGGUUCGGUACCCCAACGUGCUUCCGAACCGACGAGGGGGACCCGGAUAUUCUCGUGCCUCACCAUCCGCAUGGGACCACAUCCAACCCCGCUUCAAGCUUCCUCGAUACCCGAUACGGGCCGUGGGCCAAUGCCAUGAUGGAGCAACGAACCAUGAAAACCUUACAAGAAAGAAUCAAGGAACAAGCGGGCGGAGGCGGCGGGGACAGCGGCGGAAGAGGCGGGGACGAUGACGACGGGAAAGGAGGCGACGGCGGGGGAGACGGCGGGGACGACGGGGAUGAGGGGAACCGGCGAAUCUACAGUCAGAUUGACGCGCUGCCGUUUCUCAGCCUGGCGUUCGCCGCGUUACACGCGUGCUACUGUAUCGUUAUAGGCUUGAAGGAGAAGGUUCUGCCGCCGGAUUUCCUCCGCACGGCCGCUGGGCUCUCCUCGUUGCUCAUCGCUUCGGCCCUUCGUCUAAACUCAACGCGGUACGGUUUCGACUCCUAUGUGCUUGGCCUCGGUGCAUCUGUCGGCGUCUCAGUGUGGUCGGCUGAACGUUGCUUUUUGAGAAAGGAGGCUUCCCCAUCGGGCGUGGCUGCACUCUGCUCAGCAAUCAUGGCUGCACUCUACACUUGCGCCCUUUACCGCACUGUAUAA